AUUAAUUCUUUAAAUCCGUUUGGUAAAAUAGAUGGGCAAGAGCCGGAUACUCCUGACCUUCCGUCUGAGCUACCACUUGGGCCUGCAAGAAAUAUCAACAACGCCACGUUCUUCAGUGGGGUUUUUAAAAAUGUGGAGAGUGUGACUUUAUUUUUUGACUGCCUGGGGUCCCACUUCACCUGGCUGCAGGCCAUCUUCACCAACUUCCCUGCCCUGCUCCAUUUCGUCAACAAGAUGAAGUGCGUCACGGGCCUUUGUCCCAAGGAUUUUGAGGACUACGGCUGCUCCUGCCGCUUCGAGAUGGAAGGACUGCCCAUGGACGGGACUGACCGCUGUUGCUUCCAACACCGCAGAUGUUACGAAGAAGCCUCAGAGCUGGAGUGUGUCCAGGACCCAGCCCAGCUCUCCCCAGACGUGGGCUGCGUCUCCCAGAACAUCACGUGUGAGUCCAGUGAUUCUUGCCAACAGCUUUUAUGUCUCUGUGACAAAGCUGCAAUUGAAUGCUUUGCUGGCUCCAACAUGAACACUUCCCUGAACGGCCUGGAUCCCGCCUCGUGCAUGGGCACAGGGACUUCAGCAGAACUUCCGACGCCCAGCUUGUGGACCUCCAAACCAGCAGCUCUGACGGUCAGCCCUGGAGCCGGGGCCGGCAGAACGGCCCCCAGUCCUCCUGGAUCGGAGGACAGCCCGACUCUCUCCGGAUCCCAUCCGGCUGGGCUGGCGACGUCUUCCCCUGAGGGCUUACACCCCGAGGGCUCUCCAGAUCCAGGGACGAGGUUUCAGGUACCAGGAGUGAUCCUGGCCCCCUCAGAGCCGUCCCCAGCCACGACCCUAUUGACACCACCAGCCUGGUCCCCAGCCACAUCCCCGACUAACAAAGAAACUGGAAGACCUACAAAAAACCCAUGCGACAGACUCACCUUUCGGCAGCUGGACUGGGACGGGCAGGUGAAGCGGGAGCUGCCCCGCCUUGGAGAGAUGCUCUUUUGCUUAACCCAAAGGUGCCCAGAAGAAUUUGAAUCGGUCGGUUGCUUCUGUGGACCAGAAGAAAGAGGAGCCUCUGCUGACAUCCUAGACAGCUGCUGUUUUUCCCACCACUGUUGCCUGGAGCAGGUGAAGACCAUGGGCUGUGAGCUGGAGCGGAGCUCCCAAGUGGAGGUGGUGUGUCUGGACCACAAACCGGAAUGUACCGGCUGGAACGCGUGCGAGAAGCUGCUGUGCUCCUGCGAUCGGACAGCGGCCGAGUGCCUGGCGGCUGCCUCCUUCAACAACAGCCUCCCACUCCCUUGGAGACCAGGCUGUCGGGUUACCCGGGCAGCGUGUCCGAGCGGACUUCCCGGGAGGCCCUUCGCCUCCGUCGAACUGGGAUCCAGGAGCUCCAGCUCGGAAGAGAGUAGUGAAGAAGUUGGCCCACCGGGUCGUUUCCUAAGGAGACUGAGAAGAUUCGUGGCGGAGCCUCUGGACAGUGCAGGAUCCCGCUCACGGCGUGGGAGAUGAGUGAGUUUCCCCUCUUCAGAGAGGCGCUAGGGGCAGCUCUCGGUUGAAACGUGGGGGUUUCAGUUCCCAGUAGCAUGUUAGUUUCCGGAUACGGAUCUUUUUGUAUAAUCCAGGCUCAGCCCAGCUCUUCA